AAGCGAAUCGACUCUCUUUACCAUGGUUGCAAACGGCUUCGGGAGAUACAUUGUCAAUAUUGCCAACAUCCCCUGGACGGUGAGCCGUCACGAGCUCAGUCUGUACUUCUCCAAGUUCGGUUGCGUGACAAGCGCACAAAUAUCAUUUGAUAAAAAAACUGGUCUCCACCAGGGCCACGGAAAUGUAACGUUCUUGAAGCAGGAGCAUGUCAACGCCGUGCUCGAACGCAAGCACUCUUUGGAGGGGAAAGAUUUAGUCGUGUCUAGGAGGAACUAAAACAAAGGUGAGAGU